AUCUUCGAUUUCGCAGUGUCAUUUGACUUUUUGAUUUUGUGGUUCGUGCAUAAACAAACUAUUAAAAAAUGGCUUUGGACGCUCUUUGUGGCCUGUCCGACUACGAUAACAAAGUAAAAUUGGAAUACGACAGAAAUGUAUCCAAAUUUUGCGGUAAUUUCAUGAAUAAUAUGACACUGGAAAUGCCGCCGUUUAAUCCUGGUGAAGGUUUAGAUUCGUUGAGAGUGGAUGAAAAUGGACAUGAAAUAAAAAUGAGAUUUGAUCAUGGAACUACAACAUUGGGUUUCAUGUACCAGGGUGGUGUAGUUUUGGCUGUCGAUUCCAGAGCUACAGGCGGUCAAUUCAUUGGUUCCCAAACAAUGAAGAAAAUCGUUGAAAUUAAUGAUUUUCUGCUGGGAACAUUGGCUGGUGGAGCGGCAGAUUGCGUAUACUGGGACCGAGUUCUGGCCAAACAAUGCAGAAUGUACGAACUUCGCAACAGAGAACGAAUUUCAGUAGCGGCUGCAUCUAAAUUGAUGUCAAACAUGGUUUACAAUUAUAAGGGAAUGGGAUUAUCAAUGGGAAUGAUGUUGGCUGGCUGGGACAAAAGAGGUCCACAACUAUAUUACAUCGACUCCGAAGGUACCCGUACAGCAGGCAAAGUGUUCAGCGUUGGAUCCGGUUCCAUUUAUGCAUUUGGUGUGCUUGAUUCCGGAUACAAGUGGGACUUGACUGACGAAGAAGCUUACGAUUUAGGUCGCAGGUCAAUCUAUCACGCCACACACAGAGAUGCUUAUUCUGGUGGUAUUGUUAGAGUUUACCAUAUGAAAUCCACUGGAUGGGUACACAUUGAUAACCAUGAUUGUAAUGAUUUGCACUAUAAGUUUGAACAGGAAAAGCUGGACAAACAGAAUAAAAUAGAUUAAAAUUAAUGUAUUUUUAUUAUAAUUUUUGAAUUAAAUUUUCUAUAAUAAAA